AUGGGUUCUACACUAUUAUGUCCUCAACAUCAAAAACCAAUAACUUAACUCAAUAUCACAAAAGGAUAAGAAAAAAGAAUCUUUUGUACAGAUUGUGACACUGAAAACUAAACUCUUAUUAGUUUUGAAGAAGCCAUGAAAUUAUGGUAAAAUCUCGAAAGCAAAGCUGUCUAAAAAUUCUAAAACUUUAAAAAUUCCAAAGUUCCUCAAUUAGAUCAUUUACUAAGCAAGUUUCAACAAUAUCGAGAAUAAGCAUUGAAAUGUAUCAACUCUCUAAUCGAAACUACAGAUGAUUAUCGAUUUCAGUUUCAAAAAGCUAUAGAUAGAGAGAUUAAUUAAAUUAAGGCAUUGAAAGAGGAUAUGGAUAUUAAAAAAUUAAAAGAAAUCUCGGAAAUAUUGAGUGAGAAAUUAACUGAAGAAGAAAAUGAAAACAAUCAUGUUGGUAAUUUGAAUUUAGAGCGAGUCUUAAUAAAAGAGAAGGAAUUAUUCUCGGAGUUGAAAAAAAAUAGUGUAAUGAUACAUUUAGAAAUAAAGUAGCUUAUUUAACAAAAUCAAUAAGAGGUCAAAAUAAGACCAGUCAAUUUUCAAUAAAUCAAUAGUAUAAAAUAAUAAUACGAUUGUUAUGCAUUGACAUUCAACAAAGCAGGAAAUGUCGUAGUUUCUGGAAGUGGAAAGGAUAUCAUAGUUUGGAAAUUUGAAUAAGAUAAAUUGACUCAACUAUAAACCCUUAGUGGUCAUAAUUACAAUGUAAAUUGUCUAACCUUUAGUUACAAUUAACUAUUUUUUGUUUCAGGUGCCUGUGAUUCAUAGAUAAUGAUUUGGAGAGAGUAAGCAAAGAACAAUUGGAAAUGUGAUUAAACUUUAAAUGAACAUGCCAAUAGCAUUUGCAGUUUAAUAAUUAGUUAAAAUGAUGAUUUUAUUUACUCUUGCAGUUUGGAUAAUUCAAUUAAAGUUUGGGUGAAAAAUCUUGAUAAUCAAUUUGAAUUGUAUCAAUCUUUGCUUGGACAUACUGGGUCUGUUUAUAGUAUCUCACUAAAUUUGAAAGAGACACAGUUGAUAUCCUCAAGUAGGGAUAAAUCAAUAAUAGUUUGGGAAGUUGGAGAAGACAAAUUAUGGAAGAAAUUAUAAAUAAUUUAAAAUGACGAUUAUGGCUAUAGAAUCGCUUUUAUAUCUAAUGUAGCAUUCUUUUGGCAAAGAUAUGGCAAUGGGGUGGCACAGAUAUAUCUAUUUGAUAAAUAAUUGUUAAACUAUAAGUUGCUAAAAAGAAUCAACAUGAAGGAACAAUUAACAGAUGGGUAUUACUUAUGUCCAUCUAUAUUCCACAAGAAAUAACAUUUAAUUAUAAGCAAGCACUCAAAGAAUUUUUAUAUAUUAAGAAAGCUUCAAAACAAUAGAUUUAGUUUACUCUAAACAAUUGAAUUUCCAAGUAGUUCUUUAUUUGGAGCAAUUUCUAGUAAUGCUGAUUACUUAAUUGUUUGGAAUGACAAAACAAAAGAUAUCUAAAUAUGGAAGAAUUAAUGA